GCUAUAUACCGCCCAUUUUUUUCAUUUUGAAAUUUUGCCUGAAUCGACUUCUCCUUCUUGCUCCUCUUCUACUUUAAUCAACAGCAGAGACAGACCCCUCAAACCCUAGCGUAUUCAAGGCAUGGCUGAACCAAGAGAUAGAAUCAUUAGGCCACAGGACAUUGCGGUAGAGUUUGCCCGCCGGCGUUCAAGUAUUUUAGGGAUAUUUCAAGACGAGCCUGUAUCAGAAUCAAGUACAUCUAGAUCUCCUUUGGGUACCAUCCGCGGAGAGCUUCGUGGGGGGCUUGUAAGGGACGGUUUAAGGACUCAAAGAGCCGGAAAUGGGCCUCAGACGGGUAUUUUAGGAACUCCAAGAACCGGAACUGGUCGCGCACGAUAUGUUCACAGAACACCAGUAACAGCUGGAAGAGAGAAUGUGCCGCCUAUGGGAAGUGCUCGACGAGGAAGGGGUCGUGUUACGAGUAGUGUGUUGCCUUCGUGGUACCCUAGAACCCCUCUUCGUGACAUCACUGCUGUUGUGAGGGCAAUUGAAAGAAGAAGAGCUCGUUCUGGAGAAGUUGAAGGCCAGGAAAUUGAGAGCCUAGGACCUCAGGGCCAAAGGUUUCUCAUUUCUUCUCCAUCCCUGUCAGGUGCUCAACUUGAGCAUGAUAUCUCCACAGAGUCUCCAAGUGCACAACGUGGAAAGAAAUCUUGUCCUUCUUCUGUUGGUAAAUUACCAAAGAUUCUUCGGGACAUCACAAAUGAAUCUGCCAGUGGAUCAGAAUCUCUCACGCCACAGAAAAAGCUUCUGAACUCAAUUGACUCAGUUGAGAAGGUGGUGAUGGAGGAGUUGCAGAGGCUGAAAAGGACUCCCAGUGCUAAAAGGGCAGAAAGAGAAAAGCGAGUCCGCACAUUGAUGUCAAUGCGUUAAUUGAUCAUCUUCUGAUGAUUGACAUUAUUUUGAACCGCAACAUUGGGAGGACAGGAUAAGUGAAGAUUGGAGGACAGGAUAUUGGACUGCAUACCUGUGCAGUAAGAUCCAGCAUCUUCUCAUGAUAAUAUCUCUCAUUAUCAUUUUCCAUUUCAAAUCUUGCUGAAUCUCUUAAAGGAAAAUUUUCUUCUUCUGAAGAUUCUGGUGCAGGUACAGCAGGCAUAGUAGUUUCUAGUUUCUUUUUGAUGUAGGAACAAUAUAAUGUAACCUUGUUUUGUUUCCCUUCAUUCUUUGGAGGUUUUUCUUGCCACCUUCAUUCUUUGAAGGUCUUUCUUGGUUGACUUCAUUCUUUGAAGGACAGAAGGAUUUUCUUGUGGCCUUCAUUCUUUGAAGGACUUGUAGUAAGUAGUAACAAUUGGUGGUUUUUGAGUAUGAACAAUGUACAUAUGGGGCCAGAUUCAGUUUCUGCUGCAUAUUUUCUGAUAAUGGUAUUACCCAUCUAUCAUUACACCAGUUUGAAAAUAGAGGACCAAUUUUUUCAGAUUGAUUU